UUUCACAUGGUUCAAUACCAGCUGUUUCCUCAUUUUAGCUUUCAGAUUCAUCUCUACAGCGCCACCGUUUCUGCGUAUCUGGUCAUUUUUUCCGGCGAGUCAAAGCGGCUUUGUUGAGCGGUUGAGGAUUAGAUCUCUGUGCUGGAGAAGCCGAUCGGAUCGGGGUUUAGAUGUCGUCGUACUGGUGUUACCGGUGUACGAGGUUCGUCAGGGUGUUGGCCGACAACAGCGUGGUGUGUCCUCACUGCGAUAGUGGAUUCAUCGAAGCGGUGGAGUCGGCGCCGGCCUCGCCGGAAGCUCGCACGCGGUUUCCGAUGUGGAGUGAUAGAUCCGACGCCGAUCGGACUGGGAACUUAGGGCUCAGACGGAGCCGGCGCAACCGGGGGGACAGAUCUCCGUUUAAUCCGGUCAUCGUUCUGCGUAAUCCAGCGGAGGCGGGCUUGGACGAGGGCGGAAAUGGGGGAGAACGGAGCUACGAGCUGUAUUACGAUGAUGGAGAAGGGUCGGGGCUCCGGCCGCUGCCACCGACUAUGUCGGAGUUUUUGAUGGGGUCAGGGUUUGACCGAUUGCUGGACCAGCUGGCGCAGAUUGAGAUAAACGGGUUUGGGCGACCCGAGAACCCGCCAGCGUCAAAGUCCGCAAUCGAGUCGAUGCCAACCAUCCAGAUCGCCUCCACCCACAUAAACUCCGAUUCACACUGCGCCGUUUGCAAAGAAGCCUUCGUUCUCGGCGCAGAAGCUCGCGAAAUGCCGUGUAAGCACAUAUACCAUUCCGAUUGCAUUAUGCCAUGGCUGUCUCUUCGGAACUCCUGCCCCGUCUGCCGCCACGAGCUGCCCGCAGAGUCUACUGACGAUCAGAAUUCCGAGCAUUCCAACCACUCACGAAACGAAGAAGAAGCAAUCGGCUUAACCAUCUGGAGAUUGCCCGGAGGAGGGUUCGCGGUGGGAAGAUUUUCCGGAGGGAGAAGAGGCGCAGAAAGAGAGCUUCCAGUAGUAUAUACCGAAAUGGAUGGCGGAUUUAACAAUGGUGUUCCCAGAAGAAUAGCUUGGAGGUCGAGGAGAAGAAACAGGCGCCGAGAUGGCCAUGGAAUCACUCGAAUUUUCACUAAUUUCAUGUCUAUUUUCCGGAGAUUCAGAUCGUCUCCUCAGUCAAUCUCAAUAAACUCCAGUAGCUCUGACUCAUCCAUGUCGGAAUCAUCUAUUUCUCGUAGUCGCAGCGUUUCAGCUUCAUCAGUCUUCAGUAGAUACUUGCGGAGGAGCAGCAGAAACUGGGUUCCGGAAGAGCCCAAUGGAAUUUCCAGAUGGUAAUACAAAAUUUUUGGUACUAGAAAAGAUGCAUAACUGUAGAAUGUUGCAGCCUUUUUCAAUCUGUAGAUAGACCAAGCAAUGCUCUGGAUUCUUGAAGCUGAAAUUCCCAGAAAAAAAAAGUGGGCAAAUCUUUCAUUAUUUGCUGUAAUUGAACCACACACCAUGAAGCUGAGUCUUCUCUAGGAGAAACCCAAGAAGGCUCACAAUCACAGAAACAGCUUUUGCCAUUGCUUUGAAUCAAUUUGUUAAUUUCUUGUUCUGUAAUUCUUUUCCAGAGCUGAUUAUAAAUUAUAAGAACCCAUUCUAUACAUAGCAACAACAUUGUCAAUGUUUGAAUCA